AUGGUUCACAGCCGUGAGAGGACUUACAACGACAGUUUGAGGAUGGUUGCGACAGGUAAAGUGCAGCUGGCUGCUGCUAUAGUAGUUGAAUGUUUAAGGAGACUUGGAUUUACCCGUGUGGAGGCUGUAAAGGACGGUAAGGGGAGCAGUGACACUGUACGGUACACGGUUACCUCGGAUGUGACAGUUCAUCUGGUUGUGGUAGAGGUCGAGCCUGGGAAAAAGUGUAUGGUAACACUUUAUGGUGACAACGGCGCGGCUCCAAGGACAGGCAUAUUUGAGUACGAAACCGAUUUCGCCAUCCUGCAGGACACGGCAUUCCCAGUCGACACAGCCAGCUAUCUGCAAAAUGCAGACCUGCAGAGGUUGGUCCAAACGGUCCAGUUGAAGUUGCAGUUGAAGCCGAUACCGACGCGGACAAGAACGUGCCCGCUCAGAGAGAGCGAGGUCGGGGCACGCAGCAUCCCUAAACCAGAACCACUGCCCUCUUUGCACAGACCCGUUAAAACUACAGAACCACAGAAUGCGCGGCCCGCUGACAUGCCUGGGUUCGAUGACGAGUACGAGGUAAACGGGCCCCGCGGCGGGGCUGCCCACAGAGACCAGUUCCCCGGGUUGUCGCUGGGUCCGACACGCUCGGGAGGGUACGGCGACGUGGAUCUGUACCCUAUGGGCCUGAGGCAACCGUUUGGGCCUGGGGUAGGGCCCACUGCACCGGGCCAAGGUGGCAUGAUUUUCGAUCCAUUUGGCAGCAACCGGGAGAGAGACAUGAUGGCUGAGGACCAGCAGAACCGUGGGCCCGGGUGGAUGCCAGGUGCCAAAUUCGACGAACCGUACGGCGGUAGCGGAUCCACUCGUUUUGGAGGCGGAUCUACUGGAUUCCCAGGCGCAGGUUCAGGUUCAGGCGCAGGCGCAGGACCCGGGUUUAUGUGA